AUGAUAUUAAAAGAUAGUGAUAAUUAUUCAAAAGAUCAUAUUGAAAUGCCUUCAUUAUUCAAUAAAAAUCGAUCUGAUGAAAUAUCUUCAAGUAAAUCAAUAUAUACAACAUGGCAACUUAUUAUGUUUAUAUUUAUGUUAUUAAUUCUUGUUAGUCUUUUUGGUCUUUGUUUAUGUUAUCAACGUUUUUUACUUAAUUAUGUAUUUGAUCUCUGUUCAAAGACUAAAUCAAAUAAUAAUAAUAAUAAUAUAGAUCAACAUACAAUUAUAUAUCAGCGAACUCCAUCAUCAAAUAGUGUUUCAUCAACUUUUUUAACUGUACCACAAUUUACACAACAUCAUUAUUAUAAUCAAUGA